CGUAGAAUUUCCAGACAUGGAUUGUUAUUGGCUCUGCGACAGCGACGGCAUGUGGCAAACGAUAUGGCCGUACGCGUACACUUGCACGUGGUUUUGAUGCCUGGAGCCUUGAAAGUGUAUAAGUUCCCGAAAAGGUAGAACGAAGAUAUUCUCUUUCAUCAUCAUCAUCAUCUUCUCUUCAUCACAAUCAUCAACAUGCCUUCUCGAGUCACCUACAUGAAUCAAUCGGCUCCCUUCUGGGACUUCAUCGCCAACAUGGAGCAGCAGGGCUCCAACAAUCCGUUCUUCUCCCAGAACUACGACGGUGAGAACCACCACGAACACGAACACGACGAAGGUCACCAUCCUCCACCACCACCCUUUGGACCCUGGGGAUGGGGUCAGUUCUUUGGAGGCAGGGGAAUGCCCCACCGAGGCCCUCCUCCUCCUGGCCCUCCUCCGCACGAGCACGACGAGCAUGAUGAGCAUGCAGGCGAAAGGGACGGCGAGCAAAACGACGAAGAUAACGAAAACGACAACGACAACAGCGGCGAAGGCCCCUCUGGUGAAUCAGGCUCUGACAACGAGGAGUGCACCCGUGGUGGUGGACGCCACGGCCACUGCGGUGGUCGUCGAGGUCGCCAUGGACCUGGUGGACGAGGAGGCUUCGGACCUCACCAUGGCCCACCUCAUGGACGUGGACCUCGCUGUGGUCCUGGGUCUCACCACGGCCCAGGGUCCCGUCAUGGACCUCCCCGUGGACCUCCCCCUCACGGUGGUGGACCGCACCAUGGACCCCCUCAUCAUGGCCCUGGACCUCAUCACGGCCCUGGACCUCAUCACGGCCCUGGACCCCACCACGGUCCUGGUCCUCACCACGGUCCUGGUCCUCACCACGGUCCUGGAUCUCGUCAUGGCCCUCCUCACCACGGGCCCCCUCGUCACGGUGGUCGAGGACCCCGCGGUCCUUGGGGCCGUCAUGGCGGACCAUUCGGUGGUGGCUUCGGUGGCGGCUUCGACCCCUCUGCGCUCGUCGCUCAAUUCUGGGACCAAUUCGUCAACCCCAACUCGUCUUCCGCACCCGCACCCGCCACAUCCGACUCCGCCGACACCGACUUCUCCCCCGAGGCAGACGUCUUCGACACCGAGUCCUCAUACGUGAUCCACGUCUCGCUCCCCGGCGCGAAGAAGGAAGACGUGGGUGUGAACUGGGACGCUGAGAAGUCCGAACUGGCCAUUGCCGGUGUCAUCUACCGUCCUGGCGACGAGGAGCUCUUGAAGACGCUCGCCAUGAAUGAGAGGAAGGUCGGGCCAUUCGAGAGGAAGGUCAGGCUGGGUACGAGGGCCAUCCCAGCCCAGGUCGAUGUAGAGGGUAUCACGGCUAAACUGGAGGAUGGCAUCCUGAGGGUUGAGGUGCCAAAGCUGGGAGAGACUGGAUUUGUGGAAAUCAAGAAGGUGGAUAUCGAGUAGAGACAGGAGCCUAUAGAGGCUCAUGGAAGGAGGAUCAGGUAAAGGUUAGUGAUUAGCUUGAGGCGUUUAGGUAUGCUUGAUUUUAUAGUCUCUGAAUAAUGAUUGCAAUGCAAUUUUUUUGAA